AUCACAAUCAUUCCAAAUACCCAUCUGACUACAAUGACGGUCGCUUCUUUGCAGCAAGAGCAAACUGAGUCUCUCAGUGAUGCUGAGAAGAAGUAUGAAAUGUUCCUCGAGUGGGCACGGCAUAAUGGCGCAUACUUUCACCCUUCACUGAGAUUCACAGUCACACCGAACCGAGGUGCCGAAGUGCUGGUCACCGGCCAGGCUAUCCAACCUUUCGAAACGCUUUUUAAGGUCCCCUACGGCAUCAGUCUAUCCUACUUCAAUGCCGUUUCUGCCGGCAUUCCUGGCUCACCCUACCUGCCUCACUCAGAGCCGUUGCCAGAAGAGUAUCUGCAGAGUACGUCUGACCACGACACCAUCAACGCUAUCUUCUUGGUCCAACAGUACUUGUUGGGUGAGCAGAGUUUCUGGUACCCGUACAUCCAAAUCCUUCCUCAGCCGGAUGAUAUUAAGGACAAUGCCAUCCCUCUGCUGUGGUCAGAAAAGGACCUUUUGUGGCUCCGAGGCACGUUUCUAGAGGAGGCUGUAGCCAAGCAGAAAACAGACCACGUCAAGCGGUGGACUGAGGCUAUGGAGACUCUCCAGAAAUGCGGCUGGGAUGCGUCCCAAUUCACCUUGGAACUUGGCCUCUGGGCAUACUACUGCUUCUACUCCCGAUAUUUCUGGUCCAUCAUUCUCGAACCGGACGUUGCCAACAUCAAGUCCGAGUUCCAACAUCUGGUCAAGGCUGGUGUGAACUUGGAUGACACAGCAAAGAUUCUACUUCCCAUUCUUGAAACCUUGAACCAUGCCCAAGAGACAAACACCGAGUAUGACUUGGAUGACAAAGGUUUAUCUGUAAGCAAGAACAUAGAACUGAAACCGGGCGAUCCUUUUUACAUUGCAUAUGACAAGGAGACACAGAGAUUCAAUAACACGGUUUUGCUGAAAGACUUUGGGUUUGUUCUUCCAGACAAUGAGGCCGCGGAACUCGUUCUGUCCUCUCCUUUCGAUCUCACCAGACCAAUGCACCCUGACCACUGUGUCUUCAGCUCCGCUGCCACAGUUGACGACCCUUAUUGGACUUCCGAGGACAAAUACCUCUCUCUUCUCACUGUGAGGUCUCCAUCGCUUGACCGUCGCGGCCCUAUCAACCCAGACCACCCUGUGAGGUGGUUGAGGCACUUUAGCCCAACCUUCGUGUCGAUGGUGUCUUUUAGAGAAGCCAACCUUCGCGAAAGAGCCACAAUGAGACUGGAGCCACAGAAGAUUCCUUCAGGCAGAAAUGUGCGAGCCACGGUCCAGUUCAUAUCCCGGUGUUUGCGUGCUAUGAUGAGGGAGAUUGAUCAAUACGGAAGAACACUGGGAGAACCCCAAAAUGAAAGACAACAGCGAGCUUAUGCGUAUAGACAGGAGCAAAGGGCGGUCCUUGAUGAGGUUCUUCGGGACCUUAAAGAUGACGAAGCGGAGCAAGAUUAG